AUGAAAGUGUAUCCAUUGAUUUUGUUCUGCCAUGCAUGUGUCUUUUGGUUGACAUACGACUUCCCUCCAGAAGUUAGGGAGAAAAUGAAACGUCAGUGGGGAUCAGACUGGAAAGGUCAAGCUCAAAAGUGGUUUCUCCUCAAAUUCACCGGGAAAGAAGAAGAAAUCAAUCUUUUGGGUGACAGGAUAGAGAAACCCGAGUUUGGUGAAUGGUCAUGGAUGACACCAGAGCAAAUAGUUGAGCUUGCAAUGGAUUUCAAGAAACCUGUUUACAAGAAAGCUUUGGAAGCUUUCACUCCCUACCUUCAUUAAUAUGAACAUCACCAUUUCUAAUGUUGAC